AUGUUCAGUCUCGCGGGCAAAAGAAGCGCAAUUGCGCAAUCAAAAUGCUUAGCAGGUUGUGCACUUCCAGCACGCGCUGUGGCUGUCGCACAGUCAUCUAAGACCAGCCGAGACUUCCACUCAACGCCGACAAAAGCCGCUUCCCGCCCGACUUGGAUGCCUAUGCGUGUCAAGACUCCAUGGAUUGAUGCGUUGACGCAGAGUCGGGAGGCUGCGCGCAAGAAGAAGGAGGGUGUUGAGGCGCCGCCGCUUGUCAAGCCGGAUCUGACCCCGAAGAAGAUGUCUGAUGGACGUUACAGUGCUAUUCUGCCUUUAGCUCAGGAUAAAUGGCUUUUGGAUACUUAUCUCAAUGCCUCUGGACAUAUUCGACUUGGAUCGCUUCUCAUGGACCUUGAUGCCUUAGCUGGAAUUAUUGCAUACCGUCACACGGGGGAUGGAGUUACUACCGUCACUGCUGCCGUUGAUCGUAUCACAAUUGAGAACCCGUUGAUGGAGAUUUGUGACCUUGAGCUCAGUGGUCAGGUCACCUACGCUACAGGUCGAUCAAGUAUGGAGGUUUCCUGUCAGGUAGUCAAAGUCCAGCCGGAAGGACAGGCGCCCAAGCCUGAAGAUGUCUUGAUCACCUGUGCCUUCACCAUGGUCUCAUUAGACCCCGCGACAAAGAAGCCUGCUUGUGUCGCACCUCUCCUAGUGGAGACAGAAGAAGAGAAGCGCCUCUUUCAAAAGGGCGAAGAGAAUUCCAAAGCCAAGAAAGCCCUCCGAACACGCAGUCUGCUUAACAAAGCCCCUGACGACGAGGAGAGUAACCUUAUCCACUCCAUGUGGACCAAAGAGAUGUCAUACCUCAACCCCGAGACCCCAAUUACCCGCCCCUCAAACUCAGUUUUCAUGAGUGAGACCGUCCUCAAAUCAGCCAUGAUCAUGCAACCCCAAGACCGCAACAGACACAACUUCAUGAUCUUCGGUGGUUUCCUCUUAAAACAAUCAUUCGAGCUAGCCUUCUGCUGCGCCGCUUCAUUCGCACACGCCCGUCCCAACUUCCUGGCGCUGGACCCUAGUACCUUCGAGAACCCUGUUCCGGUAGGAAGUGUGCUGUACCUCCGUGCCACGGUCGCGUAUACCGAGCCUGAGGAGCGCGAAGGUGAUAGCAGUAAGUAUACCAAGGUUCAGGUGCGGGUUGACACCAAGGUGCGCGAUGUAGAACAUGGUACCAAGAAGUCGACUGGUAUGUUCAACUAUACUUUCUUGGUGGAGAAGGAUAUCAAUGUUAUGCCGAAGAGCUAUGGAGAGUUUAUGCUUUGGACUGAUGCUCGUCGGAGAGCACUCAAUGCUGCGGCUAUCGACCCGGCGCAUAAGACGAGUGCGUUGCGGAGUAUCAAGGAUAGUGUUACCGAGUAG